AAUUAGACCAAUUCACUGAAUUAUCCCAUGAUGUGCUUGGUAUAUAAAGAACGACACAAACCUCCAGUUCCAAAACAAGUUGAUGGGUAUUGACUGUCAAUAAUGAAAGCCUUCAUAGCCUUAGCCCUAAUAGUGUCGGUGAGCGCCGUUCCCCUCCAGGAACUGGAGAGCGAAUGGAUUGCAUUCAAGAAUGAAUUCCGUGGGAACUCCUACUUCGGUGGUAAGGGUGAGGAGUCGGUGCGCCGGCAGAUCUUUGAGACCAACUACGCGUACAUCACUGCCCAUAACGCUGAGGCCGACAAAGGUCUCCACACUUUCCGAUUGGGUGUCAACCAGUUUGCAGACAUGACUAACGAGGAGUACCGACAGCUCCUGAACCUAAAGGUGAAUGCAAACCAUGUGAACAAGACUUAUGCUGAGGAUGUGGACGACCUAACCCUUCCCAUAAGUAUCGACUGGAGAACCAAAGGUGUGGUCACACCCGUCAAGAGUCAGCAAUCAUGCGGUUCGUGUUUUGCAUUCUCGACCACCGAUUCAAUUGAA